AUGGACACCUUCACAUAUACCGCGAGCCCAAGAAGAGUGAUUUUUGGCUCUGGUUUAAUCAACAAGCUUCUGGCAGAGAUCGAAAUGCUCAAAUGUGCAGCUCCGCUGCUUCUUUCGAGCGCUCGACACAGAAAUCUGUCCGACCAACUCGCUGGGGUUCUUCACGGCAGCACUAUCAAGCUAGCGGGUACAUUUAACGGCGCGAUAAUGCAUACACCAACCGUCGUGACGGAAAACGCAGUUCAAUGUCUCAAAAUCAUGUCAGCCGACUGCGUUAUAUCAGUUGGAGGAGGCUCGGUAGUUGGACUAGGGAAAGCAGUAUCCGUCUGCGCAGGCGUACCACAUCUUGCCGUCCCUACUACAUUUUCCUGGAGUGAGAUGACUCCAAUUCUGGGCGAGACUCAAGAGGGACGGAAGACCACCCGUUCUGGCCCAAGCAUACUCCCCUCGACCGUCAUCUACGACGUGGAUCUCAGCAUGAGUGUGCCGCCAUCUACCUGCACCGUGUCGGGGAUCAACGCCAUGGCGCACGCGGUAGAAGCAAUAUACGCAAAGAACUGCAAUCCUAUCAUUUCCAUGUGGGCACACGCCGGCAUCAAAUCAUUGGCAGAAUCGUUGCCUCAGAUCGUGGCAGAUCCAUCCGCAAAACCUGCUCGAAAAAAGGCACGCUUUGGCGCGUGGCUCUGCGGCAUGUGCUUGGGCAGUUCCACAAUGGCACUUCACCACAAGCUCUGUCACACUCUUGGCAGAUCACUUGGAUUAAGCCAUGCCGAGACGCACCAUUCUGCAGCUCUGUCUAACUCUCAAGGCGAUGCAAUACUAGCACUAAAUUCGCUCUUAGAUAAGCUCGGUGCGCCUCGAGCUCUUAGAGAUUUAGGCAUGCUAGAAGAAGACAUAAACAGGGCUGCUGACAUUGCUAUGAGCAACCAAUAUGAGAACCCAAGAGCACUCGAAAGGGAUUCGAUCCGCGAGCUUAUUCGCAGAGCUUGGUCCGGGGAAGAUGCCAGAGUUGCUAGGUUGUGCAAGUAG